UGAUCUCGAUUAAUGGUGGUAUAUCGCAUCGCAAGUUCCAUUUGAGGUGCGGCGAGUCGAACUGCAAUGAUGUAUUGGCCAUAGAUCGUUAGAAGCGAGCCUGCUCCUUCGAUGGUCCGUCGACAAGAUACUCCAGGAACACCACAGUGCAACGCAGCACUCGACAUAAACACAACUUCACCACCGAGCACGAUGACUAUUCCAAAAGACACCUCGAACUCUUGGACAGACUUCACUCCGCCCGUAAAGAUAUCAAAAUCACAUCCAUGGAUCUCGCGACACCACCCCUCCGACAUCUCAAAUUCCAACGUGAGCUCAGGUCUGAUCUCUACAGCAGAUCAAGAAGUCUACGGCAAUCCGGACCACGCAAUUGCCUUUCGUAUCGGUAACGGAGGCGCAGGCUGGACCGGCAUCCUCGAAAAUCUCUGCCUGAGCUUCAUUGCACAGCAUGGCAACGACUUCAGGAUAGCAUGGGUGGUGAACCACUCGCGGCACUCGCUGAUUGCUCUUCUGGCGGAUAUCGCUCAGGUCGCGCUCACGUACGAGCCAGACAUUGAGAAGAUGGCGGAGAAGGAAGGGUGGUGUAAGCGAGUGACUGCGCCAGUGUUCUGGGAUCAUCUGAUGUUAGUUGGGCCGCAUUCAAACCCCGCUCGAGUUGCUGCUGGCGCGACGACGAUGCAAGUUCUACAAUCUAUUGCGGAGCAUCAGGCGCUGUUCCAUACGCGUGGUGAUGGCUCGGCGACACAUGAGAGGGAGCAGAAGCUGUGGCCCGCCGCUGAGGUGGAUGUCGGGACUGCUUCUUGGUUACUAGUGCGUGGUUCAACGCCGUAUGAGGCUUUGAAGAUGGCGGAGCAGGAGCAGGCGUAUCUGCUCACCGAUCGGGGGACUUUCUUGACGGCGAAAAGGGACGACAUCAUCCCGAGCCUCGUGGUGUAUGCAGAGGGCGAAGAGGUUUUGCUCAAUCCCUGCUCCAGCCUGGUGAAUCUCAAGGUCUCGGAGUCGCGGCAGCAAGGGCUUGCUGUCACCUUUGCGGAGUGGUUGGGAGGCCAGGAUGCUCAAGAGAUCAUCCGAGAAUAUGGGGAGGGAUGGCCGAACGGGAUGCCAUUGUUUACAGUGCGGACGCAGCAAGAGUUUGAGCAUGAAGAAAGGCUAUCAGGGAAGACUCUGUAGCAUCGUAUCACUAAUAAUUCGAGGCCAAGUUCUCCGCCUGACGAGAGCAAGUAAUAGAGACAGAGAUGUAGCAGCCGUCGGUAAGGACGAUAUUUCAGCGAGACAGAGCUCUCCACGUAUCCAGCUACGGCGCACCAGGUUCGUGCUCUCCGGCACGUAGCAGAGUAAUGCUCGCAUGUGAGCGGCGAGCUUACCACAAUAAACUGUGCCGGUAAAUG